AUGAGCUACGCAGAAGCCAAUCGGCGAUACUUCGAUGCCAUAUCCGACUCCUACGACAGUAAACCGUGGUUCAAAGUCGUCAACGACCGAGUAGCCACCACCCUCCGCUCCGACCUCUCAUGGGUCGGCAUCCCCUUCACAGAUUCCACCACUCAACCAGUCCGCCUCCUAGACUACGCAUGCGGUACCGGCCUCAUGACCCGCGUCUUUGGACCCUACGUUACGUCCACCCAAGGCAUCGACAUAUCGCCCAACAUGGUGUCCACAUACAACUCACGCGCACGCGACGCCGGGCUCUCCGAAGAUGUAGUCAAUGCCAUCGUAGGCGACCUUUUCGACAAGUCUGACCCUAAUCCCGAGUCGCUUUCCGGGGACAGGUUUUGGAACUUCGACAUCGCGACUGUGGGGUUUGGAUUCCAUCAUUUCGAGGAUGUGGUGUUUGCGGCACGGCAGUUGAAGGAGAGGUUGAGGCCGGGCGUGGUUCCGCACUUUACUAUCGAUGGCGUAAAGCAGUUCUUCGCGGAAGCUGGGUUCGUGGACGUGGAUGUCAUUACGAUGAAAGAGAAGAACUACAUGGAGUUCGGUGGCAAGAAGCUGUGGCGCACGAUCCUGUUUGCUAGAGGACGCAGGCCGAUGGAAGGACAAGAUGGCUCGGGAAAGAGCGAACUAUGA